AUGGUCUACCUACAACAUGUCAUGUCAGGAAGUCUGGCACAGAACACCACGGAACGCCUUACACAGCCCAUCAUGAAGCUUCUCACCUCCGCCCUCCUGCUUGGCUCUCUCGCCACCCAGACGAUCUUUGGCUACCCCGGAGCCCAGGUCGCCAAGAGAGACGUCGACUCCUUCAUUGCCACUGAGACUCCCAUUGCCCUGGCGCAGCUGCUCUGCAACAUUGGACCGAACGGCUGCCAUGCUCAAGGCGUGAGCCCCGGCAUUGUCAUCGCAUCUCCGGACAAGACCGACCCACCGUACUUCUAUACGUGGACCAGAGAUGCUGGUCUCGUCUUCAAGGCUCUUGUAGACAUCUUCACAAACAGCUACGAUGCCAACCUUCAGACCAACAUCCAGAACUACAUUGCUUCUCAGGCUCGCCUCCAGGGAGUCUCCAACCCUUCAGGAGGCUUGGGCGAUGGUACCGGUCUUGGAGAGCCAAAGUUCGAAGUCAACUUGGCCCCCUUUACGGGCGCUUGGGGACGGCCUCAGAGAGACGGACCGGCGCUGCGAGCCAUUGCCAUCAUUGGAUACGCGAAAUGGCUGGUAUCGAACGGUUACUCUUCUACUGCCUCAUCCGUCUUGUGGCCAGUGAUCCGCAAUGAUUUGGCCUACGUUGCCCAGUACUGGAAUCAGACUGGUUUCGAUCUGUGGGAGGAGGUUCAGGGAAGCUCCUUUUUUACCGUUGCCAGCCAGCAUCGGGCCCUUGUUGAGGGCAGUGCCUUGGCCCGGUCUCUUGGCCAGUCUUGCGCUGCUUGCGAUGCCGUGGCCCCUCAGGUACUGUGUUUCUUGGGUAGAUUCUGGAACCCGUCGGGCAACUUCAUGGUAGCAAACAUCAAUGGAAAUGGAAGAUCUGGCCGUGAUGCCAACGUCAUCCUCGCCUCCAUCCACAACUUUGACUCGGCCGCAGCGUGCGAUGCGGCCACUUUCCAACCCUGUAGCGACAAGGCCCUCGCCAGCCACAAGGUCGUUGUAGAUUCCUUUCGUACCAUCUACGCCAUCAAUAACGGCAUCGCACAAUCCGCUGCCAUCGCAGUAGGCAGAUACCCCGAAGACAGCUACUACAACGGAAACCCGUGGUACCUCAACACACUGGCUGCCGCCGAGCAACUGUACGAUGCCCUCUACGUCUGGAAGCAACAGGGCUCCAUUACCGUCACGCAGACAUCUCUGGCGUUCUUCAGAGAUCGUGACGGCUCCGUUGCACCCGGGACGUACCCCUCCGGAUCAUCGACCUACAAGUCGCUCAUCAGCACCGUCAGCGCCUACGCAGACGGCUUCAUGAAUGUAGUCGCAACCUACGCCCAGUCCAACGGCUCGCUCGCCGAGCAGUUUUCACGGAGUAAUGGCCAGCCCCUCUCAGCGGACGACCUCACUUGGUCCUACGCCGCCUUCCUCACAGCCGCCCAGCGUCGCGCCAACGUCAUCCCCAAGGGCUGGGUCGGUUCCGCGACCUCAGUCCCGGGUACCUGCCAGGCCACCUUCGUCGCCGGUUCGUACUCCAGCGCCACGGCGACUUCGUUCCCCGCCAACCAGACGCCCGGCGGGACAGGCGUGCCGACGGGAACGACAACGGGGGCUACCCCAACUGCGACAGGAUGCCCCAUUGCCGGCUCUGUGCUCGUCACCUUCAACGCCCGGGUCGUGACGCAGUUCGGCCAGACGGUCAAGCUUGUGGGUAGCAUAGCUUCUCUCGGAAGCUGGAACCCGAGCAAUGCAAUCGCUUUGAGUGCUUCGGGGUACACCUCGGCCAACCCCAUCUGGACUAUAACCAUUGAGUUGCCGGCUGGGACGACGUUCCAGUAUAAGUACAUCAACGUUGCCAGCAGUGGCACCGUCACUUGGGAGAAUGACCCUAACCGCAGCUACACUGUUCCGUCAACCUGCUCGUCGACGGCCACAAAGUCCGACACCUGGCAAGGAUAG